AACCCCUUCCUCUCUAUCCCACUUUCCUCUCUUCAGCCCCUCUUCUCCCAACCCCAGCAGCUUCUCCCGCCUCAUCCCUCCCUCCGCACCUGUGAGGCCGCGGCUAUCGCGAGAUCGCUCUGUUCCCGGCAUCCAUUUCGCGGCCUGGGACGGAGAGGGGGCGGCUCUGAGGGAAGAUGAAGGCGGCGGCCAUGUUGGUAGCUUUGGACUGCUUUCGACAGGGGUUGUGCUGAGGGGUCUGCGUAGGGGGAGCGGUUGCUGAACGAUCAACACGCGCUCGCGCCUAAACCCAGAGAGGUAGAGUGCCCGCUCGGACUGUGAGGGGGUUCGCGUAGCCGUCCGUGUCCAGCCUCAGGAGCGCUCGGCAAGGGGGUCCCUGUCCGGGGAGCCGGCGCCAUGAGCGGGGGGACGCCCUACAUCGGCAGCAAGAUCAGCCUCAUCUCCAAGGCCGAGAUCCGCUAUGAAGGGAUCCUGUACACCAUCGACACCGAGAACUCCACCGUGGCGCUGGCCAAGGUGCGUUCCUUUGGUACAGAAGAUAGACCAACAGAUCGUCCUAUACCACCUCGCGAUGAAGUCUUUGAGUAUAUUAUAUUCCGUGGCAGUGAUAUUAAAGACCUUACUGUUUGUGAGCCACCAAAGCCACAGUGUUCUCUGCCCCAGGACCCUGCUAUUGUUCAAUCUUCACUAGGAUCUUCUUCCACUUCUUCAUUCCAAUCUGUGGGAUCCUAUGGUCCUUUCGGCAGGAUGCCAGCAUACAGUCAGUUUAGUCCAAGUCCAUUAGUGGGGCAGCAGUUUGGUGCUGUUGGAGUUGCAGGGGGUUCCUUGACAUCUUUUGGAACAGAAACUUCAGCUAGUGCUAGCUUAUCCCAAAGCAGUGCAGUUGGUUCUGUCUUCGCAACAGAUGCAAGAUCACUAAAAACACAGCUAUCUCAAGGUCGUUCAAGUCCUCAGACAGACCAUUUGAGAAAGAGCCCAACCAUGGAACAAGCAGUACAAACAGCUUCAGCCCAUUUACCUGCUCCAGCACCUGUUGGGAGAAGGAGUCCUGUACCAGCCAGACCUUUCGCAUCUGGUAGCCAAAAAUCUUUAGAGAAUCAGGAGCACAGACGAGCUGAAGCACACAAGGUUUCAAGAUCAGAAAAUGAGCAACUCAGAAAUGAAAACAAGCGACAAAUUGCUCCAGGUGGACCUUCAACACGAAGAGGCCGUGGUGGUCACCGUGGUGGAAGAGGACGAUUUGGUAUUAGGCGGGAUGGCCCAAUGAAGUUUGAAAAGGACUUUGACUUUGAAAGUGCAAAUGCACAAUUCAACAAGGAGGAAAUUGAUAGAGAAUUUCAUAAUAAACUUAAAUUAAAAGAAGAUAAACUUGAGAAACCAGAGAAGCCUGUAAAUGGGGAAGAUAAAGGUGACUCAGGUGUUGACACCCAAAACAGUGAAGGGAAUGCUGAUGAAGAAGAUCCACUUGGACCCAACUGCUACUAUGACAAAACCAAAUCCUUUUUUGAUAACAUCUCUUGUGAUGACAAUAGAGAAAGGAGGCCAACCUGGGCUGAAGAAAGGAGGUUAAAUGCGGAGACUUUCGGAAUACCACUGCGUUCAAAUCGUGGUCGUGGCGGCUACCGCGGUAGAGGAGGAAUUGGUUUCCGUGGUGGCAGAGGACGUGGAGGUGGAAGAGGUGGCUUCGGCGCUCCUCGAGGAUUUCGUGGUGGAUUCAGAGGUGGUCGUGGAGGCAGGGAGUUUGCUGACUUUGAAUAUAGGAAAGACAACAAAGUUUCUGCAUAGUCUACAAGAAAGCUGGAACCAGGUGAACUUCUAGAUCUUCAUGGUCAAGAGAAUUAGUUUGCAAAGAAUGAAGUUAAUUUGCUGUAUACUUGUCACCAGCACUGGGAUUUAACUAUUUAAUUUCAAAGGGGGUUAAUGCAGUUACUUUUUGAAAAAUGGCCAUCUUUGAAAACAAGGAGCAUUAAAUAUAUUUGAGAUAGAAGGGUAAGUAAUUUCUUAUGUAUAGUUAGCUAUAAAGCAGUACUUCGAUGGAAUUUAAGUAUUUUUUCAUCACUGAAAGGAUUUUUCUUAUUACUAAACUGUAUUUAAUAAUUGCCGCAAGUUACAAGGACAAUUGUAUGCAGAAGGCCGUCGAUACUGUGAGUGUUUUGAUCCACUGAAGGUUGUUUUUUGGAAAUCCUGUAAUAUCCCUUUUGAGAUAGUUGUACUUUGUCAACUAGGGUGCUGGACAGUAGAAAACUUGCUUUGUCAGACAAAUAUGUACACACAGUAAAUAUUGUUUCUUAGGCAAAGGAAACUUUUUAUAUAGUUGUAAAAUUCCAUUAUAUCCCAUUGCCAAAGAAACAUUACAAACUUUGUAUAGCUGUAUAAAAAGCAACUAAUUUUUUAAAGAAUAAACAUUUUUAAGUCCGCAAACAUACUAUGUUUAUUGCAAAAGUUGAUAUGCUAAAGAACACUGAGUUAGUUUGUUUUCUUCGUAGCUUUUCAGGCUUUAAAUUUGUUUGAUUUUUAUAUUUGGAUUAUAAUGAAGAUUUGAAAAUGUUCUUCCAUUAUACAAAGCUGAAUACUCUUCUUUCUUGCAAGAACUUCAUUUUGUAAUGUCUGGCAUAUCACAGGAUUUGACCAAAUUAAGAAGAUUUUUCAAAUAAGAACAAAAAUAAAAUAUUUUGUCACAUGUCAGAACUUGCAAUUAAUUUUACUUUGUGGUAAUACUCACUUUUUAAAAAAUGGACCAGGCAUGAGAGUUAAUAUGCUCCUUCUAAAAUGCUUGGGAUAAAAAUAUGCCUCCAUGUGUCAAUUCUUGAAAUGUUAACUUUGUUGUAAUACCAGUAGACAUAAUCAAUUUAAAGAGAAUUCUUAGUGUUUGAAGUUGUUUGCAUUUUGAUAGACUCUAGCUUGGAGACAUUCAAAAUUCUGGUUGUUAAACCAGUGAAUUCACAAAUGACUUGGUAUGGAUUUUUUUUUCCUCAAUUCUAAAUUACUAGUUACAACUUUUUGAUAUGUUUAAGUUAUAAUUGAAAAAGGAAUCUGGUAAUUUGCGUUUGUAUAUGUAUAUGAAGGCCACAGGAAUAAAGGGAUCCAAAGAUUAAAAAAUUUUUAUCUGAUUUGCUGAUUUUUGUUAACUUUAUCCUCAAAAUGUUCAGUGGUGGUAAAGAUGUGGAAAACUGCACUGUUGGAAAAUUGGAAUAUUUAAAAGUGGUUGAUAGAAUCUUAUCUUAAUUUUAUAUCUUUUUGUAUAGCACUACAAGGAAGUAUUUUGUAAUUGGUUUCCUUAUUAAGGUCCAGUAUUGGCAGCCGUAGAAGUUAGAUAAUAUUGUUUAGUAAUGUUUUUUGCAUGUUAACAACAAUGCCUUUUUGGGAACCACAAAUCAUGAUCCUGAACAACUUCUGAGGUUUUUGAACAUAAAGGCAAGUGCUGUACUGUUGCAAUAACCAUGUAUACUGUAUGAGGUCUCCCAGGCUUAUUUAAACAAGAGAAAUUGUAAAUAAUACCAAUGAUACAUGCUGUGAAGGUCUGAGUUGAUGCGUCUUUUCCCCCACUUGUUUGGGUUACUAAUUGGGGUGUUUUGUACCCCCAGUAACUAGCAGCAUGGCAUACCUUCAGUGUACUUUGCUACAUGAAAGUAAGGUUUUUAUUCUAAGCCAGAAUAAACAGUUCAAUAAAA